AUGACAGAGAAAUGCAAGAUUUCUGCUGCCAUGGUAUCGGGAUCUGAGGAAAGGUCGUACGUGUUCAAGGUAGAUGGAUACUCAAGAGCCAAGGCUCUACUCAAGAACGGCCAGUGCGUGACUUCUGACCCUUUCAGCGUUGGAGGCCACGACUGGGCCGUGGAGUAUUUCCCAAACGGCUACCUUGAGGAUUGUUCUGAUUUCAUAUCUGUUUAUCUAUUUUGUGAAACUGCCGAUGCCGAAGAUGUGAACGCGAAAUUCACGCUCAGUGUACUUGACAAGAAUGGAGAACCGGUGCCUUCAUACAGCCGUACCUCCAGCGCUACACGCACCUUCUCAAGGAAAGUUACAAACUGGGGCUACAAUGAGUUCAUCAAGAAGGCUGAUCUGGAGGCAUCGGCGCAUCUAAGAGACGACUGUCUCACCAUCAGGUGCGAUGUCACCGUCAUCCACGACGAAGAAACAAGUGUUCCUCCAAGUGAUCUGCAUCGGCAUCUCGGUGACCUGCUCAAGAACAAGGAUGCAGCAGACGUAACCUUUCAAGUCGGCGGGCAGCCAUUGUCUGCUCACAGGUGUGUCCUCGCUGCUCGGUCUUCUGUCUUCAAGGCGGAGCUUUUUGGAGCCAUGCAGGAGAGUUCUGCUGCUAGUCCUAUUGAAAUCUGUGACAUGGAAGCAGAUGUGUUCAAGUCAUUGCUCCAUUUCAUAUACACCGACUCGGUUCCUCCUGAGUUUGAUGUGGUGAUGGCUGGCCAUCUUCUCGUGGCGGCUGACAGGUACAAUAUCGGGAGGUUGAAGCUGAUAUGCGAGGAGAAAUUGUGCAGUCACAUUGAUUCCGACAUGGUGGCAACUAGUUUGGCAUUAGCCGAGCAGCAUGGUUUCCGUCGUCUCAAAGAAGCUUGUUUGAAAUUCCUUGCUACCCCCUCCAAUUUGGAGGCGAUGGUGGCAAAGAGUGAUGGGUAUGAGCAUCUGAAAUCCAGCUGCCCGUCUCUUCUCAAGGAGGUGAUAUCUACAAUCCUGCCCGCUGAACUGAAAGUGACAAAGGAUAUUAUCAUGGCAAUGUGGAAGUAA